AUGGCAGCAAGACAGAAGAAUAUCUUUACACGGAGUAAACCUUUAAUGAAUAUUUAUAGUGGAGUUGAUCAAGAAGGCAAAGAGGUAGAGGUCCGUGAAGAUGCAGAACAGAUAGUGAAAUGGCAUGAGAUAUCAGAUGCAUUGGUUGCAGCUGGCUAUUAUAGAGCUCAAUUACAGGGUCUCUCUGCAUUUGACAAGAUUGUUGGAGGCCUAACUUGGUGUAUAGAGCUUUGUGACAUUGAUGUAGACAUAAGCCUCUUGUUUGAAGAGAAUCUCACAAUUGGAAAAAAAAUAGCUUUAACAGAGAAAAUUGUAAAAGUGUUACCCACAAUGAAAUGUCCAUACACAAUAGAACCUCAUCAAAUUCAAGGAUUGGACUUUAUCAAUAUUUAUCCACUCAUUUUAUGGCUUAUAAAAUACUCUAGUGAGUUCAGAGAAGCCAAGGAAGAUGAAUUACGCAAGUUUGCCGUUAUUCAGUACGACAAAAACCAUAUAUUUGAGUCGGACAGAGCUAACUAUAUGCAGAAAGAAAAAUUUUUAAGAAAUUUAUCUAUGGUGCAGAACUUGUAUAAACCAUGUAGAGUUCGAAAAAGGAAGGGUGAUCUCCCUGCCAAUGAACUAGAACAAGUGAAUGCUACCCUAUCUGAGUAUGACCAAAGAAUGUUGAUGCAUGUCUCCACAAGUAAAGCAGAUGUCAAAAAUGAUGAUGGAUUAGACUUCUUGUAUGAUUAUGAAAAGACACUAGCAGAUCCAUCGGAAAUCACUACUGAAGCUAACAGAUACCUAAAAGACAUCGGCAAUAAAAACGCCGAUACUAAUGUUCAUUAUGCAGUAUUACAGUCAGAGCUCACUGGAGAGAUAUCAAAAGAAUUGGAGGCAAGUGAGAAACAAAAGUAUUCAGAGGAUGUGGACAGACUUGCUAAAAGCAUAGCUGUUAUGGAAAAAGAUAUCCAAGAGUUCAAAGACAAUCAUGAGGAGAGAAUCGAAAAAGUGAAGUGUCAAUAUACUGACGUACUUGGCAAGUUGCGUAAAAUCACUCACAAAUUAAUGAAAGCCGAAGACUACAGUGAUAAAGAUGUGAAACAAUUCUAUAAGUCAUUGAAAGAGCUGGCGCGAGAAAGGAACGAGCUUCUGCAAAUUAUUCAACACAGAGGAAAUGAACACGCAAAACUUGAAAAUGAUUUAAGGUCAAUAAAAGAUCCGACAACGAAGAUCGAAGAAAAACCAUUAACGCCUGCAGAAUUGAAAGAAUUUAACGAAAGGGAAGAAAAGUUAAAAGCAUUUAUUACAAACAUGAGACUGGAACUAGGGAAGAUAAACCGAGAGGUGUUACGAUAUACUACUGCUAUUGAUGAAGUGCCUGGCACAGCAGAAUUGUUACAAUAUGAGAAGAGAUUUAUAGAACUUUAUAAUCAAGUUGCAUCGAAACACAAGGAAACAAAACAAUAUUACAUAUUUUACAAUACACUAUUAGAAGUAAAACUAUAUACCUCAAAAGAAUUAAGUCUGCUUAAUUCCAUUUUGGAUAAUUAUGAUGAGGCUAUGUCGUCUGUGAGAAAAAGAGAAGAAUUCAUGUCUCAAUUUGAAUCCAUAGUAGACUGGGUGAACCAUACUGUAAAGAAGGUUGAGGAGAAAUAUAAAAGUGAGAAACAACAGAAAGCUGAUCUCUAUAACGAGUAUUUCAGGUUAAUGGAUAUUCAAAGACAGUACGCUGCUGCACUGAAGAAAUUGGGUGAAGAGAGACAGAAGCUUGGUACACAAAGGAAUAGCUGA